GUUCAAUUUGAAUCAUAAUGUUUUGUCACCCUUUUUUAGCUAGUGCGGCUAACAAAUAACAGUUCCCUUGGAAAUAGUUUGCAGACGGUUCAUAUCAUUUCAAAACCUUGACAAAACCCUGGGAACCUCACAUUCCCUUAACACACCUUAUAUCUUCAUCUCCUCAACUAUUUCAGUCAAAGCAUCCCAAAGUUUUUAUCUUUGAAACAAAGUUUCUGAUUUAAAAUACCAGCCUUGCGACCGAGCUCUUCAGCUUCUGAUGUUGGGGCAAUCCUUGUGGAAGACACGACCUGCACUUUGGAGCUUUUCAAAGUUCUCUCCUAUUGCCAGAAAAGAGAUGCACUAUGCUCUUGACCAAUUAGCAUCCAGUUCAUCAGAUGAGCAAGAAAUCAUUGGUACCCCAAAUAUGAAUCAUUUCGUUAACCGAGUCUUUGAAUUACAUAGAGUUGAAGUUGUUGAAACUUUGAAUACUUUGAGAGAACAACCUGAUAAGGCUUUGUCAUUUUUUAAUCGAUUGAAAGAAGAUGGUUUUUCUCAUGAUGUUUGUACAUAUGCAUCAAUUAUAAGAAUAUUGUGUCAGUGCUGUUGGGAAAGGAAAUUGGAUUCGGUGUUGUUGGAAAUCAUUGGGAGAGAGAAACAUUUAGGUUUUAAAGUCAUGGAUUUGUUUGAAAUUCUUGAAGAGGGGCUUGAGGGAGAAGAUUCAAACCUUUUGGUUCGAUUGUCCAAUGCAUUGGUGAAGGCAUAUGUUAGUGUUGAAAUGUUUGAUGAAGUUAUUGAUAUCUUGUUUCAAACUCAAAGGCGGGGAUUUAUUCCACAUAUAUUCUCUUGUAAUUUUCUUAUGAAUCGUUUGAUUUGUUGUGGGAAAGUGGAUAUGGCUAUAGCUGUUUAUCAACAGUUGAAGAGACUUGGGUUGAAGGCAAAUGAUUACACUUAUGGCAUUAUGAUUAAGGCAUUUUGCAGGAAGGGCAAUUUCGAGAAAGUUGUUGGCAUUUUUCAAGAGAUGGAUGAAGCGAGAGUUAGGCCGAAUGCUGUUGCUUACACAACUUAUAUCGAAGGGCUUUGUAUGCAUGGAAGAACAGAGUUUGGUUAUGAAGUUCUUAAAGCGUGGAGGGAGUCAAAGAUUCCUCUUGAUGAUGCCUUUGCUUAUUAUGUUGUGAUUAAGGGCUUCUGCGAUGAGAUGAAAUUGGAAGAAGCUGCAGAUGUUUUAUUUGAGGCUGAAUUGCAUGGUAUUGUUCUUGAUACGUUUCCUUAUGGUGCUUUGAUCAGAGGAUACUGCAAAUGCGGUAAUAUAGACAGAGCUUUGGAGGUUCAUGAUGAAAUGAUGUCAAACGGUAUCAAAACGAAUUGUGUGAUUUUGAGCUACAUUCUUCAAAGCCUGUGUCAAAUGGGCCGGGAUUUUGAAGCUGUAAAUCAAUUUAAGAAGUUUACGAACUUCGGGAUAUUUCUUGAUGAGGUUUGUUAUAAUGUAGUGGCUGAUGCUCUCUGCAAGGCAGGUAAAGUGGAAGAAGCUGUAGAAUUACUUGAUGAGAUGAAGGGUAAACAGAUUUCUCCUGAUAUUAUUAACUAUACCACUUUAAUCAAUGGAUAUUGUCUUCAAGGUAAAGUUGAAGACGCAGUGAACUUGUUCAAGGAGAUGUUGGAGAAUGGUCACAAGCCUGAUAUUGUUUCUUUCAAUGUCCUUGUAGGGGGCUUAGCUCGAAAUGGCCAUGCACGAAAGGCUAUCGGUCUUUUGAAUCAUGCAGAAAAACAAGGUUUGCAGUGUGAGAUUGUCAUGCGCAACAUGAUCAUCAAAGGUUUAUGCAUAGGUGGUAAGGUUAGCGAAGCUGAAGAUUUCUUAGAUAGUUUGCCAGACAAGUGUUUUGAAAAUGAUGCUGCCUUAGUUGAUGGUUAUAUUGAAUCAAGACUCACAAAAAAAGCAUUUAAAUUGUUUCUUAAGCUGGCUAAUCAGGGAUUUCUGGUGAGGAAGGCUUCUUGCUCAAAACUGCUGAGUAGUCUCUGCAAGGAUGGUGAAAAUUACAAAGCUCUUAUGUUACUGAAGGUCAUGUCUGAUUUGAAUGUUGAACCUACCAAACUAAUGUACAGUCAACUCAUCGGUGCAUUUUUUAAGGCAGGAAAUUGCAUAAACGCCCAAUUGUUGUUCGAUCAAAUAUUUGCGAGACGGCAAACACCUGAUCUAGUUAUCUACACAAUAAUGAUAAGUGGCUACUGCAAGAUGAAUCUUUUGCAGGAAGCCUUGCUUCUUUUCAAUAAUAUGAAUGAAAGAGGAAUUAAACCUGAUGUUAUCACUUAUACGGUCUUGAUUAACAGCCAUUUGAAACUAAAUUUGGUAUCUCUUUCCAGUCCUGAUGCACCACAAAACAAAGACAAGAAGAUAAUGGAUGCUUCAACUUUUUGGAGGGAAAUGAAGGACAAGGAAAUAGAACCUGAUGUUGUUUGCUAUACGGUUUUGAUUGAUUAUUACUGUAGGACAAACAAUCUUUGGGAUGCAAUUAGGAUAUUCGAUCAAAUGAUUGAAUCAGGAUUAGAACCAGAUAAUGCGACAUAUAUGACUCUUAUAUCUGGCUAUUGUAAAAGAGGAUAUUUAGCAAGGGCUUUAAAUCUUUUUGAGGAAAUGUAUAGGAGGGGCAUACAGCCAGAUAUGCGUACCAUUUCAACUGUUGACCAUUGUAUCUUGAAAGCCAAGAGAGUUGUGAGAAGUAAGUACUUUUGAGAUUCAAGUGGUGAUUUAUCUAAAGCAUGUUGCAGUGAACUGUUUGGAGGUACAUUGAAUUGUACAGUGCCACUAAAUUCAUUUCAUUGCAUUUUGUCUUGCAGAGUAGCCAUACUCCACACAAGACGGUUUAUCUUAUCAUGCAUUGAAGUAUCCUGCUAAUAUGUAGCAGGCUGAGGAAAGCUUUCUCUCUAUGAGUAGAAGCUUUAUGUGCACUUAUGAUUCAAUAUGAUGAAUUCUCUUGCAUUUACUAUGUAGAGUAGCCGGAGGAUGUCAAAAUUUGCCCGACUUGCAUUAUCUGGAGCCACUGUUGGUCUUCAGCCUAAAAGAAGGGCAGUGCUUAAGGAUGUAACUAAUGUCUGCGAUGACACUUCAUACAUGGACUGCAAAAAUGCAACUAAAAAUCGGCCUAAACUAAGAGUGCCUGUUGAUAUUUCUGGUUUGAGAGACUACCAAGCAGACUAUUACAGACCCUAAUGAGAAGAACACCGAAAGGUUUGAGGAUAUUGCCAUUGGAAAUCCCAUCAGCUGAAGAGGAUGUGAAAGCUAAAUUAGCAGACUCCUUAUCUAAAAUAAGGAUGAUGGAAACACAAGAAAUCACUUUACCAGUAAUACCGGAAGAAAGAGAAUUACUGGAAUCUAAGUGUUGUGCAAGAGAACAUGCUGCCGCAGAUGCAAUGCCUUCAAAACAUACUUCCACAAUUGAUGUUGAAGUGCAAAGCUAUCGGAAAAUAGGUUUGUGCUCUGUUUAAAAUUCUCUCCAUGUAAUGGCAUACCUCUGUUUGAAAAUAAAACCAUCAGGUAUCUAAGAAAUGUCAUACCUCCGUUUUAGAAGGAUAAGGUGUCAACACUGCUCUAAGGUUAAUAGGCAAUAAGGAAAAACUAUUCUGUUUUUCGACCAAAAUGGUCAUUCAUGUUAAUGGAUUCAUGGAACUCGUGGAAUUCAUGUCAACACUACUUACUUGACUCACUUAACCUGGUUCAGUUCGUGGAACUCAUGGAGAAAACUUAUUGACUUGAAGUUUUGGUGAUUCAGUGAAAUACUCUAGUAAAACUAGAUUUACUAGGGUAAUUGUAAAUCUUAAAGGACAAGAUUGUAUAGAGUUUAAAUUUAUUAGGACUCUAAUAUUGUAAAUAUGCAUUAAUCUCAGCUGUUGAUGUAAAUUAAUUUGUACGGUUGAAUUUGGUGGAGCUCAACUAUAAAUAGGGACUUUCCCUUUCGUUUAUAA